UCAGGCACGUAAACAUGGCGCCCCCGGUCCCGCUGUUGGCAGUGCGAGGGUCUCUGGGCACCUCUCUGUUCUCUGGACCAAAGUGUGAUCCUCAUCCUGCUUUUCAGACAGAUUCUGUCCCGAGUCGCUCUCUGUCCUUCAGUCGAGAUGGGGCUCUAUUCGCCUGGUGUAACUCCAAAGGAGUGCACGUGGUGAAGUGUGCAGACGGUUCAAAGGUCAUGACCCUUGACCUCCCUAAAAUGGUGCUGAUCGAGUUUUCUCCUCAGAACAACAUCCUGGCCACAUGGCAACCGUACACAAAGUCGGCUCAGAGCGCUCAGGGCGACGCCAACCUGCAGCUGUGGGACCUGAAGACUGGAGUCCUGCUCAAAGCCCUUUUCCAGAAGAAAGUGGAACUCUGGUGUCCCAGCUGGUCGGAGGACGAGGCCAUCGCCGUGAGGAGCGUCAACAACGAGCUGCACUUCUACGAAAACAACGACUUCAACACAAUCGCCAACAAACUGCACAUGCAAAAAGUCUCAGACUACGCCCUGUCCCCCGGACCCCAGCCCAGCAAGAUUGCCGUGUACGUCCCUGGCAGUAAAGGCGCUCCGUCCUUCGUGAGGUUGUACCAGUACCCCGUCCUGGGGGGUCCCACGGCGGCGCUCGCCAACAAGAGCUUCUUUAAGGCCGACAAAGUGGACCUGCAGUGGAACCGCAAAGCCUCUGCGGUCCUGGUCGUCGCCAGCACAGACGUGGAUAAAACCGGAGCGUCGUAUUACGGAGAACAGACCCUGCACUUCCUGAGCGUCACUGGAGAAACGGCUCUGGUGCAACUGCAAAAGGCGGGUCCGAUCUACGAUGUGGCGUGGAGUCCGAGCUGUUCAGAGUUCUGUGUGGUGUACGGGUUUAUGCCCGCCAAAGCCACGGUCUACAACCUCAACUGUGACCCAGUGUUUGACUUUGGAACAGGCCCACGGAACGCCGCCUACUACAGUCCUCAGGGCCACAUCCUGGUCCUGGCCGGGUUUGGGAACCUUCGAGGACAGAUGGAGGUUUGGGACGUCAAGAAAUACAAACAGGUGUGUAAACCGCAGGCGCCUGACUCCACCCACUUCUCGUGGGCGCCUGAUGGCGAGCACGUUGUCACGGCGACCUGCUCUCCGCGGCUGCGUGUGUCUAAUGGUUUUAAAGUGUGGCAUUAUUCGGGCGCUGUGCUGCACCAAUGGGACGCUCAGGAGGCGGAGCUAUGGGAGGUACGCUGGCAGGACGCCCCCUAUGGACGAUACCCCGAACGACCAAUCACCACCCAGACCACGCCCACUGCCCUGGGCUCCACACAAGCUCCGCCCACUCAGGCCUAUCGCCCCCCUGCCCUCCGACACCUGCCCCCGACCGCCUCGAGUAAACUGCACGAGGACGAGCCUCCUCAGAACAUGAGACCAGGAUCCUCAGACAAGAACCUGUCCAAGAACGCUCUGAAGAACCAGAGGAAGAGAGAGGCCAAGAAGGCAGCCAAACAGGAGGCUAAAGAGUCAGACCCCGCCCCCACCUCCAACAGCCAAUCAGAAUCAGAGCCCAGUGCUGUCAGCCAAUCAGAGCCGAGCACCGGAGACCCUGAGACGGACAAGAAAAUCAAGAACCUCAAAAAGAAACUCAAAGCCAUCGAUGAGCUGAAAGAACAACAGGCGUCUGGGAAAGUCCUACAGAAAAACCAGGUGGAGAAGUUGCAGAAGGAGGCUCAGUUGUUGAAGGAGUUGGAGCAGCUGACUCUGGGCUGACCUUUGACCCUCGACCGCUUACCCCUAACCCCACAGGCACCGGUGAGGUGCAUCGUGGGAAUUGGACUUCGCUUGUGGAUUUUCUUUGAUUCAAAUAAAACAACAGUUGUUCAGAUGGUUCUAUGCAAACGCCGCGAGGAGGAAACUGUACGGUGUCAUUUCACAAGAAAAGCCUGGGCUGUGUACGGCUUCAAAAUAAAAGUCUCUGCUGCUCCAU